AUGCUGCUGCUAAUCGCACUACUACACAAUACAGCAACAACUACCGGAGGCACGCAUCAAAAAAGAGAAUACAGAGUAACCAGAAGGUUCAUAGAAAUCGGCAGCGAACAAGCGUUUUCAGCAGAGACGAUACGAGAGUCGGUAUCGAAGGGCAGCAAAAUUGCGGAAUGGCAUAUAGAAGGUGUUGAGUGCAGAAAGGGAAAAAGAGUACUAAGGGAAAAUAAGAAUGCGGAAGAAGCGCCGGCGAAAGAGAAAACUACCCCCUGUCUCAAUGGCAGUAAAAUCCUCACAGCAACGAGAGCAACUCAGCUUAGCAUAGACACCAACCAACUGGUGAGAGAAGGUCUUUUCGCGAAUGUGAGCAGCGCCAAGAAUUUAACACCAGCACUGGAGGAUAAGAAACCGGGCUCCGCCGUACAUGACAUUCUCAAGCAUCAGAUCGUUUUAGAUGUUAAGCCCAUCACCAAUUCGAAAAUCCUGCACAAAACACCCGCGCCAGCAACAACAAUUGCCACCUUCUCUUUGCGCCUUAAAAACGCACAUACCAGUAGUCAUAUCAAUUAUCCGCCGCCAAGUGCAGCAAUUUCACCGCUUUCACAUUGGCCAGCAUUGCGUUUUAAGCGGCAACAAGCAGCGCUCCCACAUAAAACGCAGCAGCUUAGCGCAUUACAGAGUAGCAGCGGCACUGCAGCGCACUACAAUCCAUUACCCGCUGUGCCAUUACCGACGCCACCACCUUUUCCCGGCAAUUUUGCAAUUUCACCAUUUAGCGGCGGCGGUGGCGGCGGUGGCGGCGGCGGCGCCAAGCACAUCAGCACCGGUGGCAAUGUUUUGAAUGCCUUCGCCGGUUUCUCGUCCGCCUCUUCCGCCUUCUCAGCCACACAUCGCACAAAUUCGCUUUGCGGUGGCAUCCUUAAGUCGCGCUAUGGCACUAUACAGACACCAAAUUUUCCACAUAAAUUCUCAGCACCCAUCGAAUGUGUGUGGGUAAUUGAUGCCUCUGAGCUGCCAAUUACAACUUCCGCUGCUGCAGCUGUAGGCGGCGGUGGCGGUGGUACCAACGUCUCCAUCAUCGUUUACCUAACGCAAUUGUAUGUGCUGGGUGGCCUCAAGUUCACCGAAUAUAUGUACUAUUCGGAUGAUUAUAAAGUGCCGGCACACCGUGUGUUCACACUUACUGAAGAUGACGUGACACAGGUGGCAUGGGUGCAAUUUAGUAGUCAGUAUCUGGAGAUACGUUUCACGAUGGCCUCUUUGGAUGGCACACAUUUGCGCGCCUUGGAUCGUCUGCUGGACGUAUAUGGCUUCAAUAUUACCUAUGAGGUGCAGCAGCAGGUGAAGACGUAUCAGUGCAAUACACUGCAGUGUCGAUUUCUCGGCCAUUGCUAUGCGAAGGCGGACUACAGCUCCUACUACUGUUCAUGCUUUCCCGGCUUUAGUGGCACCGAUUGUGGACGUGGACCAUUGUGUGAGGAUCCCCAUACGAAUAUCUGUCAAAAUGGCGGCACAUGCAAACAUAUCGGCGAUGCAGCCAUCACAUGCCACUGUCCGAGCGGUUUUAAAGGCACCAAAUGUGAAAUUCCGGAAAUAAAUGAAAUAACAAUGGGUUGCACUUCCAACUCCACCACGAGUGAUUGUCAUAAAGAAUGUGAUUUCGAUCGUGUUAGCGAAGGCAUCACGCUGCGAAAGGCUAGCAAAAUGACUGCACGUAAUGGAAAAACGCGAUAUGAAGUGACAAUACGCUUGGGUGCCAACUUAACUGCCUUUUAUCGCAACAUGGAUCCAGAAAGGCGCCCAAGCGAUCAUUUACCUAGUUUACUGGAGCGACAUCUUAUGCGCGUUCUACGUAACUUCAAUAUCACCAAAAUUAGCGAUUUGGAAUUGAUUUCGAAUAGCACAGAUCGCUUGGAUAUUACAUUUCAUUUUUUCGGUGUAAAAGGCGAUUCAAAUCGCAUACGUGAGGCCAUUACUCGUAUGGUAGAACGUGGCCGCAUUGGAAAUAUUACACUCGUUUCGAAUUACCAUUUAUUCGAUGAAAACCCACCGUUGAAUUUAUUGGAAUUGACAAUUAAUCAAAAAUCAGCGAUACGUGAAGACAGUGAAUUUAUAAUUUCAUGCACCGCCCAAGGAUCAUCGCGUAUGCAAUUUCAAUGGUACAAGGAUGGUGCACGUGUCAAUACGUCCAAGGCUACAAGAGAAAUUUGGACCACCGUUCUACCACCGGAAACAAAAGAUACUUUCACUGCCAUUUUGGGUAUAACAAAAGCAAAUCGCAUGGACGAAGGCAUUUACACGUGUAAGGUCACCGAUUGGGGCGUUGAGCAGUGCCGCUCGCUCCAUGUGCACAUUAAAAUACCACCUCGCCUGCGCGUCGAUCCGGCCAGCGUGACACUGCAACGCGGCGACUCACUACGCGUACGCUGUCUCUCACCCGGCAACGAUGACAUCAAACGCUACGCACAACUCGGCUACAGCUGGACACGCAACGGUGUACUCUUUCAAUCGAAUCCCGCCACAGUGAUGUGGGAAGACCUUUAUCCAGAUGGCAGCAUACUGAAAAUUAACAACAUACAGAAAUCUGCCGAGUACACUUGCAUUGUCUCAAAUACUGUGCGUCCCGUUUCAAAGAGCGUCUACAUCACCGUUAUCGACCGCAAUGCGGUGCAUGUUUGUCACAGCGCUAUGCUCUACGGUGUCCGUUGGCCAACAAGCGCACCAGGCGCUGCCAUUGUGGCCGAUUGUCCGCGCGGUUUCGAAGGCCACUCGCGGCGUAUCUGCGAAAGCCGCGACACAGGCAAUUCGACAUGGUUGUUACCCGAUUUCUCGCUUUGCGUACACGAUCAACUUUUGGCGAUUUACAAUAAAUUCCGUGCAUUAAGCGCCGGCUACCAGCAGACGAACUCAUCGGCCAUACUGAAGGCUUGCUUCGAGUACACAGUUAAGCGACAUAAGCGCUUUCUGCCCGGCGAGGCAGGAUUUCUCAUCGAUAUGCUGCAUGAGGUCGAUACAUAUCUGCAGCUAAAAGGCACCCAACUAGAGCGUGAGAUGGCAGCUGAAAUAAUUUUGCACAUACUCGAUAAAGUCAUGCAAAAUACACAAUCGCUGAAUAGUCAACAGCAAAUUAAAAAAUUGCAACUCUUAACACAAUCAGCAGCGUUGAACCGUGAAACAAUUGCAGCAUCUCAAUUAGCAACAUCAACAUCAUCCACGUCAGCAGCAGCAUCUCAACCCAUCUCGCCCACUCAACGUCCACUCUUUGUGAUCAUCAGCUGCGCCUGUGGUCUGCUGCAGUCCUGUUCGGCGUUUCUCAUACUUCUUCCGAUUUGGUUUAAUCGCAAAUGUGCAAUCACAUUUUUAAAAAUGCAAUUUUGCAUCUCCACGUCGAGUAUAAUGAUAAUUUACCUGCUGGGAUUCCUAAAAAUGUUACCAGUGAAUUGGCAAGCCAUUGUCAACUCAUCGCUUGCUUCACUGCUCUUACUCGGUGUCUCGACCACAAUUGCAAUUGCAUUGGUUGUAAAUUCCGAGUUGGUGCCGAAAAAAAUGUUGCAUAUAAACAAAAUGUCAGCAACAGCAGCGACAAGUGGACGCACCAUCACAGCAGUAAAAAAAGAACAUCAACAUCAACAGCAGCGUCACCGUCACGAGAUGAAUAAGCGUCGUAACUCUACAAGUGGCAAUGACAAUGGCAAUGGCGCAAACGUGACCACCGCUAACGCCUCCGCAACAACCAUCGAUGCGACCAGUCUGAGUGCCACCACAAACAUAACACAAAUCAGCAGCAGUGACGCCGGCGGCGGCAAUGUUGCCAGCAAUGACAAUAGCAUUGCCAACGACACUAGCACAGUGAAUAGACGCGUUGGUGGCGGCAGCGUCGUAGUUCCGGCGCGUUCUGUCGCCCGCGUGCAAGAGCUCUACUUUCCGGUGAGUGUGCGGGCCGUCAUUGGCAUUAGUUGGUUGCCGCCACUACUCUAUGCCAUCACCGUGCCGCUCAUAUGCAGCAUUAUUGGCAAAUGGCCACGCAAUUGGUGGCUGGAAGUGAUGAGCAAUACAACAGCGGACGCAACAAGAACAACAACAACAACUUCAUACUCCAAGUCCGGAGGUCUGUUGGGCAUGCAUCAUGGUUUAUCCACGCUUGUAGGCGGAUAUGGUAGCGGCGGCGGCGGCGGAAGUGAUUACUUAGUGGAGCAUAUGUCGCAUUCACCGCCGCCCUCGUCUUCGCUGAGUUUGAAGGUUGAGCCGAACAACAUCAGCAGCACAAGCCAUAUCUAUGAUGCUAUGAUGAGCACAACAACGACAACCAGCACAUUGGAGGCUGAAUCAGUAACAGCAGCUGAUGCUACUGCCGCAACGGCAGCGGUUGCGACCGGAAUAUUAACAACUACCAGCUCUGCAACUGCCACCAGCGACUACAAUCAGCAUUCUUCAACAUAUUCGUCGUCUUCCGCCAACUUCUCAACAUCCACUGCCAUUUCAACCACCUUCUCCGUUGCCGGCUGGCAUAAUAACUUCCAACCGGCAGCAAUCUCCGCAUCCUCUUCCGUUACCGCUGCUGCCUACCGAAGUGAAUUCUUCGAUGUGAACGCGGACGCCGCUGACGCGGAGUCAAAUCUCGAUGGCGGUGGCGGUGGUGGUGGCCGUGUGGCAUCACUCAAUUUCAUUAUAUUUAUUUGCGUCGAUUUGCUAUUCAUUUUGCUCUUCUGUGCGCUCUUCGUCAUUUUAAUCAAGAAACUUUUAUGGCUGUGGCAUAAAAAUCGAAAUAUUCACGCACAUCCGCAGGAUAAAUUCAAUGUGGCGAUGCGUAGACGCAUUGGCCUAAUUUACCGCACCGGUUGUUUGCUCGUAAUGAAAUUAUCAACGGAUGCAUUAUUCAUUGCAUAUGUAAAUUCAACACAAAAUUCAUGGUGGUCCUAUCCAUUUGGCAUAUCUUGCACUUUAUUG